UGCAUGGAGGCCACAGUGCGCUCGGCAGUCUGAGGUUCAGCUUUCAUUUAUCCCGGAUUCAUUUUGGGGAAGCACCAUGGAGGUCUGCGCUAAGCCUCUGUGCUACGAGCUGCUGGCAGAGGUCGGGGAAGGCUCCUACGGUAAGGUGUAUAAAGCCAGAGAGGCGGGGGGCAAACAGCGCCUCCUGGCGGUGAAGAAAUUCAACGUCUGCGCAGACGCGUCGGAGACCGGGAUCCCUGCGUUCAUGAUCCGCGAGGUGGCGCUGCUGCGUAAAAUGAAGUACUUCAACCACCCCAACAUUGUGAAGCUGUUGGAUGCGUCUGCUGUACCAGUGGGCCGGAGCCUGGACCUCACUCUGGUGCUGGAAUACAUUGACCAGGACCUGUCCACCUACCUGUCCAAGGUCCCCGCUUCUGGACUGAGCCGUGACAGCAUUAAGGAUUUGAUGCAGCAGCUGUUGCGAGGACUGGACUUCCUGCACACAAACAUGGUGCUGCACCGUGACCUGAAACCAGAAAACGUCCUGGUCAGCAGCCGCGGAGAAGUCAAGAUCGCGGACUUUGGACUGGCACGCGUCUACACCUUCAACAUCGCCCUCACUCCAGGUGUGGUGACGCUGUGGUACAGAGCUCCCGAGGUGCUGCUGAACUCCGUUUACAUGUCCUCGGUGGACAUGUGGAGCGUCGGCUGCAUCUUCGCCGAGCUCUUCCUCUUGAGACCACUCUUUCAGGGAUACACAGAGGUACAGCAGCUGCAAAAAAUCUUUGAGGUGAUUGGUUUGCCCAGCGAGGAGGACUGGCCCAAAGACAGCCCGAUCUCCUACUCAGUCAGCUGGGGACCGAAAGGCUCCUGCACCAAACUGCUGCACAACCUGGGCCCGGGCGAGAACGACCUCCUGUCUCAAUGCUUGGCAUUCAGAGCGAGCAGUCGCAUCUCAGCCGCCAAAGCCCUGGCUCAUCCUUUCUUCAUGAAGCACUGAAGAUUUUCAGUCGAAUGCCGAGUGGAAGAAGAGAAACUUCGGCUCCUUCCGCUUCUUACCCCGCCCUACUGUCAGCUCUGCUAACUACUCUUGUGCCACAGAGUCCAUCGCACACACACCCACAUCAUGAGAAACUGUGGUCAGGUUUGAGGGAACAGCUUUACACGUUUCUUCCUCGUAGAACAUGGCUCUGAUGGCACAAAAUGCUUAACAGUAACGUGUAUGUUGAUAAGAAUCCAAAACAUGAGACAUGUUUGAAGGAACAGUUUUAUUUACUUUGUUGUAUUGAUUUCUAAAUUCGGCCCGCCUUCACGUGAACAGAGUAGAAGUAUGUUGUUCUUUGAUUUGAUAGUACGCUAAGAUGCAGUACUUCUUUGUUGUUGUUGAGCGUUACUCUUAAAAAUAUUAAUUCUGUUUUGCUGUAAACUACUGACAACACUAUUAUGAGCACCUUUAAGUUGAUGAGUUGGUUUAUGUUGUUUCGCCGAAGCUUUUUCUGUUCUAGACUUGCAUACAUCGGAAGGAAAUGAAGUCCCUUAUUUUUUUUAUUAUUUUGUGAAGAUAUUUGUGGUGUAAUCACUGGAAGCAGAUUACACCUGUAUUUAUGUUUGUAUUGACAGAUCUACACGAGUUACACUGUUCAUUCAA